UAACAUUUCAUAUAAAAACUUUGAAAAUCCUAGAAAUAAUAUACUCAGUCGCAGUAACUACAAGAGAAAAUUAUUGCAAAAUGAAAUUCUUCGUUGCCUUCGCCCUCCUCGUUGCCGCGGCUUCGGCCAGCAUCCUACCGCCGGCUGUCAUCGCCAGCACCAACCCCGAGGUGCAGGAGAUCCUGGCCUCCAUCCAGAGCCCGAGCACAGACCCCGCCACCGCCGCCGCCCUCGAACAGUUGCUCCUCGAAGUUCUCGGCAUCGCAAAGCCCGAACCAAUCCAGGUUGGACCCGCUAUCGUUGAUGAGUACGAGCCCAUCCACGUCGGCCCCGCUAUCGUUGACGAAUUCGAGCCUAUCCACGUUGGACCCGCUAUCGUUCCCUUCCCCAUUCCCGAUGGUGGUGCUGUGACUGAGGUGGAAGCCACCCCCGUGAUGCCCGCUCCCUCUGCCAGUGCUCCUCUGGUCCAGAUCAUCCUGAACGUCAACGCUGCCGCCAACGUUCCCGGCUCUCCUGUCGUCGUGGAGACCAACCCCGCUGCACCCACCCCCGUUCAAGUCGUCGAGGAGGCUGAGGUCCCAGAACCCGUCAUCGUAGUUGACCAGCCUGUCGUCGCUGAGCCCGUCAUUGUUGCCCCAGUCCUCCCCUCUCCCGUUGUAGUUUUGCCCGACAUCCUUAACUAAAUCCAGAGCUGCUUCCUGUGAAUAACUACUUUUUAUUAGAAUUUGCCAUCAAUAAGCCAUCAAUGCAAUAAAGACAUAACUAAAA